AUGAGUUCUCUUGUUGAUAUUUUAAGAGAAGCUCAGGCGCUUGGAAUGAGCCCUGAUGCAGUUCAGCAAUUAGUUGAAGAAGAGCAGAAAUUAGCUAAAGAUAAAGCCGAAAGGGAAGAGCGGGCAGCUGAACGAGAAAUUAAGAAAUUAGAGCUCGAGUUAAAAGAAGCGGAGAAGCGUAGAGCUCAUGAAUCGCAUUUAGCUGAAUUGCGUUCUCCUGGCGAAAGAAGUGAAACGGUUGAUGAUGCAAGUGCGAGUAAGAGUGUAAAUGCUAAUUUAUAUGAUGGCCUUAGACUUCCUACAUUUAACGACGGGCAAGAUGAUAUAGAUUCUUAUCUACUUAGAUUUGAACGUUUAGCUCUCUUGCAUAAUUGGAAGAAAGAUGAGUAUCACGUAUAUUUGGGAUCUUUAUUAAGAGGCCGUGCACUUAAAGUAUAUGUAUCUCUGCCUGAAGAAAUUGUUAAUGAUUUUGAAAAACUUAAGUCUGCUCUUUUAAGAAGUUACUCGGUUGAUUCCGAAAUGUAUAGGAGGAAAUUUAGGGAGUCUAAAUGUACUGAUAAAGAAUCUUAUGUGCAACUUUUAGUCCGAAUGGAGCAAUAUUUAGAAAGAUGGAUUUCUCUUAGUAGUGUUCGUAAAAGUUAUGAUUCUCUUUUUGAUUUUAUGAUUAGGGAACAGUUUCUUUGUAGUUGUAAUUCUGAUUUACGUGUUUUUCUCAAAGAACGCGAAUUUUCCAGCGCAACUGAGAUGGCCGAAGCAGCCGACAGGUAUAGAAGUGCUCAUUUGUAUCGCGGCAAAGCACUGAAGUUUCCUCAGCAUAAACCUUUCAGCCAGUCUAAGGAUACGAGAACUAAUGAUGAAAUUGUUUGUCAUGCUUGUGGUAAAAACGGACAUAUCAAACCAAACUGCCCUGAUAAUCCAAGGAAUUUCAGAGGUGUGAAGAUCCCGAACCAAUCCUGUCCUGAAGACCCAAGUCCUGCUACUUCCGAUGUGGCUACCUUAACAUCCUGCGUUAGUCCUGACCCCUGUAAACCCCCUGAAGAUCCUGACCUCUGUGACCUACCUAAGCCACCUUCCUGUGACCUAACCAAUUUCCCUGACAAGCCUACAUUUCCCUUUUACACUGGAAGUAAGCAGCCUUUUUGUUGUGCAUGUGAUACCUGGGGACCUAAAACCAAGAACUGCAGUGCUUAUGCGUUACGCCCCCUUCUUUAUCAAGCAGUAUUUCAAAAAGCGAUGGGCCUGACCGACACGUCCUUGAGGAGCUCUGAGUGCUUGUUCAUAAGUAUUGUUGCUGUUAUUGUAAGUUCAGACACCACCUUUGGCUUGAGCAUCGUGUACGUGCUUGACCUCUCUUAUCUCAUAUGGGCAUUACAGUUUCAGAAUGGAGGGAACAUCGUCAUUGACAUGGUGAUCUUUUCGAAUUCUGAAUACAGAUGGAGGGUUCAUCCCAGUCAGUGUUCAAAUAAAAUCGUCAGAUCUCUAAAACAAAAUCAUAAUCAAAGACUUCGCAACAAAUUUGAGCCUCUCCAGCAUAACCGUAUUACUGGAGGAUGA